AUGUUUGACACGCUGUAUGAUUGGUUCUGGUGGGACAGAAUCUGGCUGCCUGUGAACCUGACUUGGGCUGACCUGGAGGACAGGGAGGGCCUGGUCUAUGCCAAAGCCUCACAUCUCUACAUUACUGUGCCCUACACCUUCGCCUUCUUACUCAUCAGAUGCCUGUUUGAAAGGUUGAUAGCAACACCACUUGCAGUUUCCGCUGGGAUCAAGCAGAGAGUCCAUCUGAAAGCAGAGGACAACCACAUCCUGGAACUUUACUACAUUACUCAGUGUAGAAAUCCUGCUCAGGCAGAUAUUGAUGGACUGUCUAAGAAAAGCAGUUUGUCAAUGAGACAAGUUGAACGCUGGUUCAGAAGAAGACGCAGUCAAGACCUUCCCGGAGUCCUGAAGAAGUUCAGAGAGGCCAGCUGGAGGUUUGUCUUCUACAUAUUGGCGUUCAUUGGAGGGAUAGUAGCACUGUACGAUAAAGAAUGGUUUUAUGAUACCCGGGAAGUAUGGACAGGCUUUCCAAAUCAGUCCAUGCUGGAGUCUCAGUACUGGUAUUAUAUCUUGGAGAUGAGCUUCUACGGCUCUCUUCUCUUAAGCGUUGCCUUUGAUGUCAAGAGAAAGGACUUUAAGGAGCAAAUCAUUCACCACUUGGCCACACUGGUGCUCUUAUCAUUCUCCUGGUGUGUCAACUACAUUCGUAUAGGAACGCUGGUCAUGAUCAUCCAUGAUGCCUCUGAUGUUUUACUGGAGUCUGCCAAAUUAUUCAACUAUGCCAAAUGGGAGAAAACCUGCAAAAGUAUUUUUGUUCUGUUUGCCAUAGUGUUUAUAGUAACACGACUGAUCAUCUUCCCAUUCUGGCUGAUCCACUGUACCUGGGUCUACCCAGUACACCACUACCCUGCCUUCUUUGGCUACUACUUCUUCAACGUGAUGUUGGUAGUCCUUCUUUGUCUGCACAUAUUCUGGGCCUACCUCAUUCUCUGCAUGAUCAGAAAAUUCAUGUUUGGCACUCUGACCAGAGAUGAGAGAAGUGACAAUGAGGAGGAAGAGGAGGAAGAGAGCAGCCUGACAGAGGACGAAAGGGAGGAACACCACCAACUUGCUAAUCGAUUGUCAGUCGGUGAGAAGGAGGACAAGAACGGCAGCUUUGGAUGCUUAUCUCAUCCAGAGAACCUGUGCCGCUCAAAAACUGUAAACUGACUUAUGCUAAGUAUGAUCAUGGAGCCAAAGAUAUGAGAAACCUAAAUGCACAAUAAGCAAAGCGUGAUUUAUUCCUU